AUGCCAGAAACAAACUCUGCUGAGGAAAUGGAAGGGGAGAAGGAAACUUUCGCAUUCCAGGCUGAAAUAGCCCAGUUGAUGAGUCUAAUCAUCAACACAUUUUACAGCAAUCAAGAAAUUUUCCUGAGAGAAUUAAUUUCUAAUGCAUCUGAUGCACUUGAUAAAAUUUGCUAUGACUCCCUCACAGACCCCAGUAAACUGGACAGUGGAAAAGACUUGCAAAUCAGAUUAAUCCCAGACAAAGAGAACAAAACACUCACAAUUGCGGACACUGGUAUUGGUAUGACGAAAGCUGACCUUGUCAACAACCUAGGUACCAUUGCCAAAUCUGGCACCAAAGCUUUUAUGGAGGCACUUCAAGUAGGUGCAGACAUCUAUGAUUGGGCAGUUUGGUGUAGGUUUC